CAUGGAUCUUGAAUACUCAACCUGGCAAUUGACGAGCAUCUACAAGAUUACUCUUUCUUGUGGCCGAGCAUCUACAAGGCUUAAGCAUUAAGUUAUGCAACUAGUUCACGCAUCUGGACUAUAAAUAGGACCCCAUUCAACCAUGUUUUCUCCACCAUUACUCACUAGCAACGCAACAUGGAUCUACUUCUGCCACUCAUCUCGCUUUUAUUGGUCGCUGGCGGAGGAGGCAGGUGGCUUGGGAGCUUCGUCGACGGGGCCACAACAGCGGUGGCAAACUUGGAGGAGGUACCAUCGGCGGCGUACUGGGAGGCAGUGCUUCCUGGAAUUCCAAUGCCUCCAGCUAUCAUCAACCUGCUGUUAGCCCAACAAAACGUGCACAACUCUCCAGAUGAUAUUAUUAUCAAUCCAAAUAACCUCAAGUCUGGCAAAGGACCACGGAAAAUUGGGCCAUACUAUGAAAAACUCAAGUUGGAACCUGCCCAUGAGGAUAAACAUGUUCAUAUUUCAUUACAAGUUGAAGAAGAAGCAGGCAAAAAAUUUGCAACACAUAGAACAGACAUGAAAGAAAAUCUAAAGGAAAUAUCAGUGUCAUAUGGGUUAGAAGGCAAAACAUACUCAAACAAAGUUCUCCCAAACUUAAAGAAGAUCUUUGCAGCAUAUAAACCAAGGAAACAAGAAAAUCUAAAGGAAAUAUCUAUAUCAUAUGGAUCAAAAGGUGGAAAGGAUGAACCAGAAGUCUCAAGGGCAUAUGGGUUAGAAGGUGAAAAGGAGUUGAAAGAAAUAUCUUUGUCUUAUGGGGUAGAAGGUGAGGGUGUCCUAAAGGAAAUCUCUGUGUCAUAUGGGAUAGAAGGCAGAAAGAGUCUAAUGGAAGCACCUGUUUCAUAUGGGAAAGAACAAGAAGGAAAGCUAAAGGAAAUCUCCGUGUCAUAUGGGUUGGACGAAGGCAAAGGUGAACACAAUAAAUUCUUCAAUCAAGAUGCAGAGGAUCCACAUAAAGCUACAAUGUCAUAUGGUUCUGAACAUGAAGAGGAUCCACAUAAAGCUACAAUGUCAUAUGGAUCUGAAAAUGAAGAGGAUCCACAUAAAGCUACAAUGUCAUAUGGAUCCGAACAUGAAGAGGAUCCACAUAAAGCUACAAUGUCAUAUGUAUUAGAACAUGAAGAGGAUCCACAUAAAGCUACAAUGUCAUACGGGUCAGAACAUGAAGAGGAUCCACAUAAAGCCACCAUGUUAUAUGAGUCAGGACAUGAAAUGGAUCUAAAGACAUUUUUAACAGGACAUGCGACACAUUUAAAAGGAGAUGGGAGUCACCAUGCUCACUCUCACAAGCACGGGAACAAAAAGCAGGCAGACGUUUUCUUCUUCCACGACAUGUUGCGGCCUGGUUCUAUGAUAAUUCCAACCAUCCCACUGACAACCUCCUUGCCGGCCCUUCUUCCCCACAAAGUUGCCAAAUCCAUCCCGUUCUCCACGGAGCGCCUCUCCGACAUCAUCGCGAUAUUUGCACCGGCGUCGCUCGCGAUGGCUAGAGAGAUACGAUGGACGCUGGACACAUGCGACCACCCGCGGACGCUUCCCGGCCAAAAAGCAGGUUGCGCCACCUCCCUUGAGUCCCUCACCGAGCUAGCAUCAUCCCUUCACGGGACGCACAACGUCCGUGCGUUCUCGGCCGCCAAUCUACCCAUUGAUGCCGCAGGCACGCCGGCGCUGCGCGGGAUGUACAACGUGACGGCCGUGCGGAAGCUCUCUGACUCACAGGAGAUCGUCACCUGCCAUGAUCUGACGUACCCAUACACGGUGUACUAUUGCCACACCGCCAACCCUACCGCCGCGUACACGGUCACCCUUGAGAGCGUGGAUGGUGCAACGGCGCCGGAAGUGAUGGAGGCUCUAGCCGUGUGCCACCUUGACACGUCGCGGUGGAGCCCGAAGAACCCGUUCUUUGAGAUGCACAACCUCAAGCCGGGGGAUGUGGCCGUGUGCCACUUCCUCACUAAGCUCAGCAUCAUCUGGGUGCGUGGUGGCGAGCAGGGAGACACACAUGCAGCAACCCGUUAGAAGAUGACGCACGUGCACCUGUGUGGUCUGUAUGUGUGAGCCGUGACACGUACAUCGGUACAUUAUAUGGGUGAAUCUUCGUAAAGUGCAUGAUGGUGUUAUGGAAUAAAUGGUGUGUGCGGAAGUCGUCGUAUGAACUUCAUGAUAUGUGAGUAAAAUGUGUGUGGUGUGUUGCAGUUGUUGUAAGAACAUCACCCAUCUAUUGUGUGUUAUAUUAUGUCUAAUAGCAAAAUGAGUAAUCUAUGAAAUGUCUUUCCGUACAGUA